GGAAAGCCCGCCUCCUCCAACGGGACGAGGCAGGCCCGGGGAGUGGCGGGGGCGGCAGCCAAUCCGGGAGUAAGCGCACGGAAAGUUUGCUCAAUGGGCGAUGUCCGAGCGAGCCUGUCACUCAGGUGGCGGCUGCGGAGGCCGGGCUGAGACGUGGCCGGGGAACCGCGGCUGGCUGUCCGGGCCGUCUGGGCGGCGGCGGGGUCCGUAGCGCCUUCUGGACCAGUGCGGGGCUCGGGGCAGUGGGAGAGGCGGGCGCGGGCCGCUGCACCUCAUGCCGGCGCGCCGGGCGGGCCGCUGAUGGAGCGCGCCACCCGCCCGGGGUCGCUCGCGCGGGCGCUGCUGCUGCAGCUGCUGCUGGGGCUCGCGGCGGGGACCGCGGCCGCGAGGCGCCCCUCGGAGCUCCCCGCGGCGGCGUUCGGCCUGGGGGCUGCGGCCGCCCCCACCUCGGCCGCGCGGGUGCCGGCGGCCGGGGUCGUGACCGCCGCCGAGGUGACGGUGGAGGACGCCGAGGCGCUGCCGGCCGCCGCGGGCGAGCCGGAGCCGCGGGAGCCGGAACCCGACGACGAGGCCGAGCUGCGGCCACGCGGCAGAUCAUUAGUGAUUAUCAGCACUUUAGAUGGGCGAAUUGCAGCCUUGGAUCCUGAAAACCAUGGUAAAAAACAAUGGGAUUUGGAUGUUGGAUCCGGGUCCUUGGUUUCAUCCAGCCUUAGCAAACCAGAGGUCUUUGGGAAUAAGAUGAUCAUCCCUUCCCUGGAUGGAGACCUCUUCCAGUGGGACCGAGACCGUGAGAGUAUGGAAACAGUUCCAUUUACAGUUGAAUCACUUCUUGAAUCUUCUUACAAAUUUGGAGAUGAUGUUGUUUUGGUUGGAGGAAAGUCUCUCACCACCUAUGGACUCAGUGCUUAUAGUGGAAAGGUGAGGUACAUCUGCUCAGCUUUGGGUUGCCGCCAGUGGGAUAAUGAUGAGCUGGAACAGGAAGACACACUGCUUCUGCAGCGCACCCAGAAAACUGUCAGAGCUGUCGGACCUCGUAGCGGCAAUGAGAAGUGGAAUUUCAGUGUUGGCCACUUUGAACUUCGGUAUAUUCCAGACAUGGAAACUAGAGCCGGAUUUAUUGAAAGCACCUUAAAACCCAGUGGGAACAAAGAAGAGUCCAAAAUUAUUUCAGAUGUGGAAGAACAGGAAGCUGCCAUGAUGGAUACAGUGAUAAAGGUCUCAGUUGCUGAUUGGAAAGUUAUGGCAUUUAAUAAGAAGGGAGGACAUCUAGAAUGGGAAUACCAGUUUUGUACUCCAAUUGCGUCUGCCUGGUUGGUUAAGGAUGGCAAAGUCAUUCCCAUCAGUCUUUUUGAUGAUACCAGUUAUACAUCUAAUGAUGGAGUUUUAGAAGAUGAAGAAGACAUUGUAGAAGCUGCCCGAGGAGCCACAGAGAAUAGCGUUUACUUGGGAAUGUACAGAGGGCAGCUGUAUCUACAAUCAUCGGUCAGAAUUUCAGAAAAGUUUCCUACAAAUCCCAAGGCCUUAGAAUCUGUUAAUAAUGAAAAUUCUAUUAUUCCUUUGCCAACAAUCAAAUGGAAACCCUUAAUUCAUUCGCCUUCCAGAACUCCUGUCUUAGUCGGAUCUGAUGAAUUUGACAAAUGUCUUAGUAAUGAUAAGUUUUCUCAUGAAGAGUACAGUAACGGUGCACUUUCAAUCCUGCAGUAUCCAUAUGAUAAUGGUUACUAUCUCCCAUACUACAAGAGAGAAAGGAGCAAACGGAGCACCCAGAUCACUGUCAGAUUUCUCGAAAACCCCAGUUAUAAUAAGAACAUCCGCAAAAAGGAUCCAGUUCUCCUCUUACACUGGUGGAAAGAAAUAGUUGGAACUAUUCUUUUUUGUAUUAUAGCAACAACUUUUAUUGUGCGCAGACUUUUCCAUCCUCAUCCUCACAGACAAAGGAAGGAAUCUGAAACUCAGUGUCAAACUGAAAGUAAAUAUGAUUCUAUAAAUGGAGAAGCUAGUGACAGUACCAGCAGUGACAUAAAAAAUUCUGGAUAUGUGUCACGCUAUCUAACAGAUUUUGAACCAGUUCAGUGCAUGGGUCGUGGUGGGUUUGGAGUCGUCUUUGAAGCUAGAAACAAAGUAGAUGAUUGCAAUUAUGCUAUCAAGAGAAUCCGUCUCCCCAACAGGGAGUUGGCUCGGGAAAAGGUAAUGAGAGAAGUUAAAGCCUUAGCCAAGCUUGAACACCCAGGAAUAGUUAGAUAUUUCAAUGCUUGGUUGGAAGCACCACCAGAAAAGUGGCAAGAAAAAAUGGAUGAAAUCUGGCUGAAAGAUGAAAGCACAGACUGGCCCAUCAGCUCUCCUAGCCCAAUGGAUGCACCAUCUGUUAAAAUACGCAGAAUGGAUCCUUUCUCUACAAAGGAACAUAUUGAAAUCAUAGAUCCUUCACCACGAAGAAGCAGGUCUUUUUCAGUAGGGAUUUCCUGUGGCCAGACAAGUUCAUCCGAGAGCCAGUUCUCUCCACUGGAAUUUUCAGAAACAGACCACAGAGAUGUCAGUGAGUCAGUGGGUGGAGUGUGCAACCUCCCCGACAGCUGCCUCGCGGACUGUGAUGUGGAAGAUGGGACUCUGGAUGGCAAUGAUGAGGGGCACUCCUUUGAACUUUGUCCCUCUGAAGCCUCUCCUUUUGUAAGGGAGAGAACCUCAUCUUCUAUAGUAUUUGAAGAUUCUGGCUGUGAUAAUGCAUCCAGUAAAGAAGAACUUAAAACUAACCGACUGCGUAUUGGCAGCCAUUAUGCUAAUAAACUCACUGCUCUCAAGCAUUCCACUAGCAAGUCUUCUUCUGAACCAACUUUGUCUAUUUCUCCUCCAAGACCAACCACUUUAAGUUUAGAUCUCACUAAAAACACUGCAGACAAACUCCAGCCCAGUUCACCGAAGGUCUAUCUUUAUAUUCAGAUGCAGCUGUGCAGAAAGGAAAACCUCAAAGACUGGAUGAACAGCCGCUGCACCAUAGAGGAGCGAGAGAGAAGCGUGUGUCUGCACAUUUUCCUGCAGAUCGCCGAAGCGGUGGAGUUUCUGCACAGCAAAGGGCUCAUGCACAGGGACCUUAAGCCAUCCAACAUAUUCUUUACCAUGGACGACGUAGUUAAGGUUGGAGACUUUGGAUUAGUGACUGCAAUGGACCAGGAUGAGGAAGAGCAGCUGGUACUGACACCAAUGCCAGCAUAUGCCAGACACACAGGCCAAGUGGGGACCAAACUAUAUAUGAGCCCAGAGCAGAUUCAUGGAAACAACUACUCUCAUAAAGUGGACAUCUUUUCUUUAGGCCUCAUUCUAUUUGAAUUGCUGUACCCAUUUGGCACUCAGAUGGAGAGAAUCAGGAUCUUAUCUGAUGUAAGGAAUCUAAAAUUUCCACCACUGUUUACUCAGAAAUACCCUCGUGAGUAUACGAUGGUUCAAGAAAUGCUCUCUCCAUCACCCACGGAAAGGCCUGAAGCUACAGACAUCAUUGAAAAUGCUGUAUUUGAGGACUUGGAGUUUCCAGGAAAAACAGUGCUCAGACAAAGAUCUCGCUCCUUGAGUUCACCAGGAACAAAACAUACAAGACAGUCCAGCAUCUCCCAUAUCCCUUUGCCAAGCAAUUAGCCUUAAGUUGUGCUCGCAUCUCCAGCCCACCUCUGAGGAACAUGGCUUUCCAAAACUGCAGACUUGAAAAGUUUGUCAUUGGCUCAAUUUUAUUUUGAACUACUUUUUCUAAGUCAAACUGAAACGAGAUUUUGGACAUAGCCUAAUUUGAGCCAACUCUGGAUUUUUGCCAUGGUUAAGGAAAGGACUUAUCACUAAAUCGUGUGUAGUCCUUCUUUGUUGGUCUCUUGAAACUACCUGCCCAACCUUGAUAGCCCUCAUCUUUUGCCUGGAAAGGUAGAAGCAAUCCCUAAAAUUAUGCAGAGGAUUAAAAUGGAAAUAUUUUUAUAGUACCGAAGACUGAAAGUCCCUACAUGUGAUAAUUAUAUUGUUCUAGAAAUAUGCUUUCUAGAUUCGGUGUGAUUUUGAAACUGAUUUCCGAAAAAAGCUGACUCCAUUUUUGUCCCUGGUGGGUAAAUUAGGAAUCUGCACAAUUUUGGAGGACAAGUAGCACAAAUUACAUAAUGGUUUAUGUCCAUAGCUAGUUUUAUAGUGACUUUUAUAGCAUUAAAUAGCUUUAUUCCUUAGGUUCUAGGGAGAGUUUAAGAGCUUUUUGUACUUUUGCCUCCCAUACAGGAAAAAUGAAGCUUUUUAUGUACAUUGGUCAAACGUUCUGGUUUGGGGAGGAAAAAUGAUGUAGUAAGAAACGAAUCAUAUAUUACAACUAACUUCUUCAAUUUAUGGACUUUUUUAAAUCUAGCAGAGUCUUAAGUGUCUUAUAUGUACUCCUAUAGUUUGGUAUUUUCCCAAAACUGAUUAUAGAUAACAGUUUAAUCAUUUAACUUGCUAACAUGUUUUUUUCACUGUAAAUAUGUUUAUUUUUUAUUUAUAAAAAUUCUGAACUCAAUCCAUUUGGGUUGGUGGUGUACAGAACGCACUUAAGUGUGUUAACUAUUGUGACUUCUUUCAAGUCUAAAUGAUUUAAUAAAACUU